CUACUAUGGUAUGAAGUAAAAUAUUGAGGAUCUCCGAUUAUCAGACGAUUGAGGAUCACGAACAACGUCGAGGCAGGGAGGACUAGCAAUUGUGAAAGAAAUUGUCCCAGUCUUGACAUCGCCAUUGUUCAUCUGACCAGUCACGAUGAGGGUCACCAGAAGACCCUUCAUCUGCCUCCAAUGUCGUCCCAUGCCCUUGAAACCGCGUCUUUUCCACCACUCAACGCGCCUGGGUAACUCGACCCCGAGCUCGACCUCCCCAGAUUCCACUCCAACCCGCCCGACGUCCGCUCCACGGCCGAGUAUCGACGUAAAGCACAUCCGCCAAAACCCCACACUCUACGAGCAAAACUGCCUCGAGCGCAACUACAAGUUCCAGAGCACAUACCCGGCGCGCAUCAACACCCUUCACCAACAAUGGCAAGACCAGCAGCGCGAUGGUCGGCAUUUGCGCGAGCGCAGCAACCUCCUGCGGCACCAAAUCGCCAACCCGGCCUCCAUCCAAGGCGAUGAGGACUCAGCACUGCAACAGCUGCGCGAAAUGACCAAAGAGCAGCUCCUCGAGGAAGCCAAGCAUCUCAAAAUGCAGCUCUCGUCCAUCGAAGCCAACGAAUUGCGCCUCACCUCCGAAAUCGAAGAACUCGCCCUCUCGAUCCCAAACCUUACAAGCGAGCAAACCCCCCGCGGCAACGAACCCCUCGUGCUAUCCUACAUCAACGACCAUCCGGAACCCACACCCGCAGAAUCCGACCGCGUCUGGCGCUCACACGUCCACAUCGGGUCCGAACUAGGGCUCCUCGACUUCGCGGGCGCGGCGACGUCGUCCGGGUGGGGGUGGUACUACCUCCUCGAUGAAGGCGCGCAGUUGGAACAAGCCCUCAUUAAUUUCGCCCUGAGGAUUGCGACGCAGCACGGCUGGCGCCAGGUCACGCCGCCGAGCAUCGUGUACGGACAUAUUGCGGCGGCGUGCGGGUUCCAGCCGCGGGACCAGAACGGGGAGACGCAGAUCUACGCGCUUGCGCAGUCGGCGGCGGACCGGGAGAGGGGUAAGCCCGAACUGGUGUUGGCCGGGACGGCCGAGAUUCCGCUCGCGGGGAUGAAGGCCGAUAGCAUAAUCGAGGAAGCCGACCUGCCGCUCAAGCGGGUCGGGGUGAGUCGGUGUUACCGGGCCGAGGCGGGGGCUCGGGGCGUGGAUACGAAGGGGUUGUACCGGGUGCACGAGUUCAACAAGGUGGAGAUGUUUGCGUGGACGGAGCCGAACCUGUCGGCUACUACCGAGUUGUUCGAUGAGAUGGUGGAUAUCCAGACGGAGAUCCUCGAGAUGCUGGGAUUGCAUUGUCGUGUGCUGGAGAUGCCGUCUACGGACUUGGGGGCUUCGGCUACGAGGAAGUGCGAUAUUGAGGCGUUCUUCCCGUCGAGGAGGCAGAAGAAUGAGGGUUGGGGGGAGGUGACGAGUGCUUCCAUUUGCACGGAUUAUCAGUCUAGACGGUUGGCGACGAGGUUCAAGAGCGGGGGAAAGGUGAAUUUCCCUUGGACGGUCAAUGGAACUGCGUUGGCGGUGCCGAGAGUGCUGGCUGCUGUGCUGGAGAAUGGCUGGGAUGAGAGCCAGAUGCAGGUCAAGCUGCCCGAGUGUCUGUGGGAUUCGAUGGGGCGGGACAGUAUUGAGAUGAAGCAUAGGAGGAAAUAAGCCAGUGGUUUAGUCUACUGGUGUGUACGAAUUGUGUAUAAGGAUGAUGAUCAUAUGGCAGGAGUAUAUAACCUCGAUUCCUAUACCUAAUCACACCCCCUAUCAAUAACCCCGUCAUCGAUCCGGAUCCCGUUCUUGCUCCCGAACCCGGGACUUCAACCACUGCUCCUCGCCCACAGCCCAAUCCUGGUCCUGCUUAUCGAAAUUCCACCUAGCAGCAACCGCCCACCAAGUUCCUGUAUGUCACUCCAAGCAAUACCUAAACCAAAACACCAAAAUCAACCGCAGUCUUGGACGCGUAAACUCCUCCUCCUCCUUUUUCAUCCUCAACUCCUUGCGAUAACGCGUACGUGUGCCCAUCGCCGUUAAACCGAAAACACGAUUGCGAAGGCUAGAGCGUAGAGACGCGCGGCAUGGUGGAACUUCUCGGUCG